AUGGCGGAGCCGACGGACUCAAGCGCCCCGCCUGGCGAAUCGCCCAAUCCCGCGACCGAGCCCAAUGCGCUAGCUACUGAGACAAGCCAGCCUCCACCCCAGGACGAGCCAAUUCAGGCGGAACCGAACAACGCCCCAACGGAGCCAAGCCACGAGCCGACGCACAUAGAGGAAGGGCAAGCACAGCCAGAUUCCUCCACCGCAGACCCAGCACCGGAAGACCCAACACCGGCAGAGCCAACGACGCAAGAUGCGAGCACGUAUCAGCCUCCAGAAGAAGUCAACCAGCCAGCACAAGGACAAGCACAAGAACCCGAUGUGACUUUACCAUCAAUUGAAUCAUCACUUCCUCCGAUUGAUUCGUCGAUUCCAGCAAUGGAUUCAUCGGAAGCCUUUGGGGACUCUGGGCUGAAUUCUUUUGACGCUUUACCUUCACUUGGCCCAUCUACGGCUCAAGACAUGUCACUGCCUGCGAUUGAUACAAGUCUUUCAUCACUCGAUCAUUCCUUACCAGCAAUCGGAACCGAUGAUAUCCCAACAAUGGACGAGCAUGAGUUUCGCGAUGAAAGUCAUUUGGACCAUCACGAUUCAAACUCUGGUCUGCCCGACUCUACAGGCACUGGACAUGACACAUCUCAGCACUCGGGGGUGAACGGUGUAUCUCACUAUCAAGCACCCUCUAAUGGCACAUAUCAAUAUUCGCAUAGCCCUGCUCAGUCACAGCAACCGGGCACACCGCAGACACAGACCCAGCACCAGUUCCAGGCGCAGCCGCAACAACAUUACCAACAAAACGACAUGUAUCACAACUCUGGUACUCAAGGGCAGGUUCCACAGGCACCAAUAGGCUCGCCACUUCCAAACAAUAUGCCUCCAAUGGCAUCCAUGGGCCAAUACAUGACUGGUUAUCCGUCUAAUAUGGGACAAGGAAAUGCGCAAAUGCGAUAUCAACUACCGGGAGAUCCGAACAAGAUGUUAUCGGGGAAUAGACACAAGAAAGAAGUCAAGCGACGAACAAAAACUGGUUGUCUGACUUGUCGCAAACGAAGAAUCAAGUGUGACGAAGCACACCCUGUCUGCAGAAAUUGCGUGAAAAGCAAACGCGAGUGCCUAGGCUACGACCCUGUGUUUCGAACUCAAGCAUCCACACCUUCGGCUAUCCAGCCAGCUCCUAACCCUCCUCCGUCGUUAGUGGUUAACCCACAAGGCCCUUCUACUACGACCCCAACAGCACCUUCAUAUCCAUCUGCGCCUCCUGGGUACAUGCCCGCGUCGUCUCAACCGUUUGCACCUUCUCUCCAUUCCGAAUCGCCAUCUGCCUCUACUGAACAACACGAACACGGAGCUUCUAUCGAUCCUUCCUUGGGCGCAAACAAUCAUUCAAACCAUCCAGAAAUGCAAAAUACUGUCGCACCCCGCCCGCAGGGCUCAGAGCCUGCUUACAAAGCUAAAAAUCUUUACGUUAAUGACCUUUUCUCUUUAAGGGGAAUCGCACCACCUCCCCCUCACACUAUCGGAACUCUUCCGCCAGGUCGUCUUGAAGAAAUCCAGGCAGUCUUCCUGGCCACAUAUGCGCCAGCUAUCGAUAAACUUCUCGAGGUCCGCUGGUACACAGAGAAGGCUUUGUCGUUUCUGAUGGCCGAUGCCCAGCUGAUGGCAGAUUAUUCGGCCUUGAUCAAUGCCUUCAAUGAGUGGAAUCUACAAGACGGUGAAACCCUUGCACGGCUGGAGAGCUUUGAGGCCUCAAUCAUUUGGAAGAGCAUGGCGCUUUGCCGAAAGGUACCAGAUGGAGAAACUGGGCAACAAGGGCGAGACUGGAAUCUUUGUGCGGCUUGUGGCAGACUCAACGUCGUUGAGGCGUUACUCACGUGGACCCACAUGGACUCAAAUAUCUUGUCGCGGGAGCUAGUCAUGGAUGCCGCCAAUCCCCCGAACACCCCCGAUCAGUUCCAGAGUCGCCAGCUCGACUUCUGGGAUCAGGUCGGAGAAUUCCUCACGCUUUAUGACAAUGAAGCAAGUUCGGCCAAGCAAAUAGAUGACACUCUCAGUCGAUGCCGACAAUUACUGGAUACAUAUGAGAACCGCGACAUCAUCUACUCCAUUUCCGUGGCGCGUCAUCUAGGUCAGCGCUGGGCUGAUUUCCCUAAUAGUCUGCCGAAGGUGGGCUACACUACCGAGAAGGAAUCAGGAACCAAGCUCUUCGUCGCACAGAAGUUCCUCGAAGAGGAAGCCGAGGGCAAGGGCACAACCCAAAUCUACAAACGGAUUUGCUGCAUGGCUGUCCGCUCAUGGUGGGUUGCUCGUGGGUAA